ACACUAAAACCCCGACCAAACCUUUUGACGUAAUAAAUAAAUAAAUAAAAAUAUUUAAUAUUCUCUCUUCUUCUUAUUAUUUUGUUACCAAAUAAAACAUUGGGAAUUUCCCUCAUCAAAUCUUGCAACCCGGGAUUUCUAGGGUUUCUGGUUCGAUCGAUUUCUCGAUUUCUCAGUCGCGGGUGUUCGCCGCUCCUCGCUCACGAACGCCGCUGGCUGUUUCCGAUUUGUCGGUUUCCUUCCGAUCUCUCUGUACAACUCUGAAAUGUGACCGAUAUUGGAAAUUUUGGUUAUGUAGGAACAAAACCCAGAAGCGUGAAUUGCCAUUACAAUGUACUGAUUUUGUGCUUCUGGAUUAAAGUAGUUUGUUACUCUGAAUUGAUGAGGAAGAAGAGGAAAGGCGGUGAGGCUGACCCGUACCCAGAUCCAUUGGAAGAUGUGACAUCACAGGCGGAAGAUGUGACAUCGAAGUCAUGCAAUUCUAGAUCAUCGGCCCUUACAUCGCAUUAUUCUCUAGAGGAUUUUACAAGGUUGAAGAAGCGGUGCAAAGAAGAUGAUGCAAGCACUGAACCUGUGGUGUCGCAUACAAGUAGGCUUGCAGGCAUUGCCACUGCUCCGCCAUGUGGGACUUCGUCUUUGGUUGCACCUGGAAGAGGUAUCAAGAGGAAGAUAGGGUGUAUAGAUGUUGCUACCCAGAUGGGUAGGAAGAAUAAGAUUGAAGAAGAUUAUGUUUCGGGUGAAACACUUGGGCAUGGAAAGUUUGGGUCGGUUUGGUUGUGUCAGUCCCGGGUUAGUGGUGCAGAGUAUGCAUGUAAGACUCUGAAGAAAGGGGAGGAGACUGUUCAUAGGGAGGUGGAGAUAAUGCAGCAUUUGUCUGGUCAUCCUGGGGUUGUGACAUUGCAGGCUGUGUAUGAGGAGUUGAAUUGUUUUCAUCUUGUGAUGGAGUUGUGCUCUGGAGGGCGCCUAAUUGAUCAAAUGAUUCAGGAGGUUCAGUAUUCAGAGCAACGGGCUGCUAAUAUAUUCAAGGAAGUAAUGCUAGUUAUCAAGUACUGUCAUGAUAUGGGGGUAGUGCACAGAGACAUAAAGCCAGAGAACAUACUUCUCACAAAAGCAGGAAAAAUAAAGCUAGCAGAUUUUGGGCUGGCUAUGAGAAUAUCAAAUGGUCAAAAUCUGACUGGUUUGGCUGGCAGUCCAGCUUAUGUUGCACCAGAAGUUUUGCUAGGAAAGUAUUCUGAGAAGGUGGACGUCUGGAGUGCUGGUGUCCUCCUACAUGCACUCUUGGUUGGCAUUCUUCCAUUUCAAGGAGACUCCUUAGAAGCAGUUUUUGAGGCAAUCAAGAACGUGAAACUUGAUUUCCAUUCAGGGAUAUGGGAGUCAAUUUCGAAACCUGCUCGGGAUCUUAUUGGGAGAAUGCUGACAAGGGAUGUUUCAGUACGGAUAACAGCAGAUGAAGUACUAAGGCAUCCAUGGAUAUUGUUUUAUACUGAGCGAACACUAAAGGCACUACCCAUUAAAUCAAGAUUGAAGAACCAAGCAGGAGAACCUUCUCGCCAGCUUGUCAUUCCACCCAGACUCAAGGCAUGUCUAAACCAGUCAGAAGAUGGCUCUCUCAGUGAAACUUCAGGUCUCCUUUCGUCUUCUGAUAGCUGCAAGUCAGAAGAUGAGGACGAUUCUGGUUUGGUGGACGCACUUGCCACUGCAGUUUCACAUGUGAGAAUUUCUGAGCCAAAACGGAGCAGGGUAUGCGGUCCGACAGGUCGUCCAAUCGAGCAGCAGUGUUCAUCUAACAUGAAAGCUAACAACCUCUGUAAAGCGUUUUGACCCUGCUGACAACCUGACACCUUCAAUCAUUAUCUCCACUGUUUUUAAGCUGGGGAAUUGAAAGUAACCUCCCGGGUAAUUUUCAGUGAGCAAAGAUAACAACUUGACAUAUGUCGACUGGAUCGAGGUAGUAGUUUGGGUGUCGUUUACAAUAUGCCUGUGAAAUCUCUCCGCAACUCUUCUUUCUCUUUCAUAUUUCUUUCCUUCAACCUAAUAAUGAUUCUAACCUGAUGAAGUGAGAGAAUCCAUGUACAGAAUGAAUGUGUAAAUAGGAUGCUGCAUUGUAUUUUGAUAUGUUUUCUCAUCACUUGUAUAAUAGGUAAGAAUAUGCUAGUUAUUCUUGGUGUUUGAAAAGGUGUGUUUUCUUGAGCGAAGGCCUUC